GUAUUAUACAGGUGUGGGUAUUUGAUGGAGCGAAACUGCUUCGAUAUGUUUGUGUACCGUUAUGAAGGUUUAUGGGAGGAAUAAUUACCUGGUAAUAAUGUAAAAUUAAGGAGUGGUGGAACAAUUUAUUUACAACGUUAUUGCUGAGAGCACGCAUAUUUGACAGGGAGGAUUGCGUUUAUAAAACAUGCUUCUGUCUGCACUAUAAUCUAUAUAGACGCGUGCAAUGUUGGCCGUUAUUUAUAUUGUGGAUGUUACCGGCUCCCAUUGGACAAUUCAAGACGCACAUGUAUGAACUUAAAUAUACGUAAGCUAUCCCGUGCUGGCGUGAAGAGGAAGUUAACCUCACGAAGAUCCAUCUAUAUGUUUUGGAUGUCCGUCGACAACGAUUGCUGCAGUGCCAGACUUGCUAAAAAGGACCUAUCCGGAAUUGUUUCAUUAAACACGGCUGUGGUAAUGUUAUUGACAAGUAACAUGCAAGAGAGUUAAUAUUGGACUGUAGAUUUAUGUUAUUUACGGAGCACUCCGAUUAUCCUGCAAUUCUGAUUUAAUCUGUGCUGUUUUCUUUUUGUGCUUUAGAGGUGAAAUGGAGUAUUGCAAUCGACCAGACGAUCUAAUAUGUGAAUUGUGGGCAGUGGAGUGGGAGUAAUAUAACUAUUUAUACUUUUGGGUGGAGACAGAGUCUCUGUGUUCAGACGCAAUAAAUACAUCAAAAAUCUAUAACGGGUCAACUUAACCCCGACAUCCCUGUAUGUGUACGCAUGCUUGCACGCCCUAGCUGUUAAUACUCAUACACGGCCAGUAAAAUAUUGAUUGUUUCUUUUUAAAAUCAAUUGAAAAUACGGAAUUUUCAUUCUGGAUAUUGUUUGAUAAAUCGGAAAAUGUGAUACUUCAAAACAGAGCCUCUGGAUUCCAUUCUAUCGGACUUGUCAUGCGGAUGUUAAUUCUGUUCAGCAAAAGGAGUGGCUUCGCAUUGCUUGAUAGACUUUAAUUGAUUUGAGUGUUAGGUACAGGAAGCGGACACGUUAGAAAUAAGCGAACGUUGUUUCAGUGAACGCAUUUAACAAGUUGGAAGUGUCGUAUUCUGAAUUUAGAAUAUUUUGUUUGGAUCUAUGCCAUACGAAAGUUUGAUUUUGCAGUAACUUUUACGUUCCUUGCCAUUUCAUGUAGAACAAUUAUACGCAUUGUACGCUAUUAUAAAGGUACAACGACGAAUUUUCAUGUAAACAAAACCACAAAAGGCUGUAAUGCGGUUACUCGACAGCCAAUUCGAUCAUUUGUAAUACUACUUUCGGAAACAAUUAAUCUUAACCAGCAUUCAUUCCGUAUGUCGUGGCUUCUAAAGGUCAUAUAUACCUACAGUCUUAGUGUAUUGUAACAUUUAGUGUUCAGCACCAUCGAUUACCGAACCACACAUUAGCCUCCAUGGUCAGGAUCGGUCGAGCUAUUGUCCAGGAACGGCAUCAGCCCAGAAUCUGUAAGUUGAAAGCCUACUCCUCCGCUUUGCCUCAUUAGACAAGCACCUGUUAAUUGGCAUUACCGUCACGCGUGCCGAUCCAUAGUGUACUGUCGGACAGUGAGGGGAAAGGUAUCUAGGUAUUCUGUACAUAUUGACAGUUAGCCUCAGUCCUAUCCAAUAUACCCCAUUGUUUGAACAGUCCUCGACAUAUUUUCAGGAUGUGGGUAAAAAUAGAUAAAGUGUUCCUAAGUGGUGUAGAGUUGCCGUCCUGUGCGACGAUUAACAACUGCCAGGACAGUUCGUGAGGCUUGUCCGUCGUUUUACAGGAGAUAACCCACAGUGCAACGUCGGAAGGACAGUUACCUGCAGAGAAAAACUAACAAUGAGAUAGUGAUACCCAACAUUUACGUAAGAUUAGGUACGAAGGAGGAAGACGAUGGCGGAAAUACAUGAUGAUAAGAUAUUAACAAGGUAUCAAGAAACUGAAUGACAUUUUGAUAACGUGCAAACCUGCAAACGGUGUCAUAAUAUAUGAAAAUCAAACUUUUCCACAGUAAAUCCUAGCAAGAAAGGAACUAGGGUAUUUGCCCGUUACAGUAGACGAGUGAAGAUAACUCAGUGCUAUUGUGACGAGGAUGUCGGACGAUUUUCCAGACUUUGUGAAAGUGCGGUGUAGGUACCGACUAACGACCUUCGUCUCCCCUGACUACGACGGAAAUAGCAAGGCUGCUAGUGAUGGCCGGAAAAAGGCAACAGUGUUUCCUCCUCUGCCAAUUGAGCGGGAGCCAACCUUCCAACGGCAGCCCCGGACUUUACAGACACUCCAAGGGAACCCGGAGGAGGCUGCUGAGAGUCACUGGCAGCUACAAAGCAAGAAGGUCAGCAUGGACGUGGACAAACGAAUCGUCAACCAUCUUAGGAGGAAGAUGAACAAACGAUUACAACAGAGAAUGAACCCGGCCCUGGAUCCGUCCGCAGACGAGUUGUCCCUUAUGGAAGGCCAGGACUGGGCAAACGCAAAGAGGAUGGGCAGUGUGAAGAUGCCAAAGAAUCAUGAAAACGAACUAUUCAACAAAUAUUCUGACACUGGUGAAAAAUUAACAAUGAAGCAGAGUCAACGUAAACCGUCGAUUAAAAAAUCGAAAGUGUUACACAAUGGACAGCACAACGGUCACGUGAACGGACAUGACAUCAACGGUAGCCAUGGUAAUCAUUUGCAGGACAGCAUUCACAAGAGGGAUGUAACUAGGAAGGAGAGUACUGACAAUCAAAGUGACACGGCGACACAUCGUUCAAAACGUGUGUCUUCUGUCACUAUCUCUUUGGAUGAAGUGUCGAAACAAAAUGGUGUCGAUAAAACUACAGACAAGAAAGGUAUGAUAGAAAAUGGUGAAUCAAAAGAAAAUAGUGAAUCAAAGGAAAAUGUGAAAAGCAAAAUAGACACGAUAGGUAAAAAAGCUCAUUCUAAAUCUUCUGCAAAAGAAGGCGACCAGUCUGAGAAAAAGGCAGGAGAGGAUGUAAUUGAUGAUGAGCCAUCUGAUGUGGAGGAGGAUGACGAUGAUGAUGAAUUGUUUGACUUAACAAGACUUAAAACACAAUUAGGAGAGAGUCCCGAACCGGAAGUGAUAGAAAGUUUCCGAAAACUUAGUGUUAGUCCCGUGCAAACUCCGUGCGUGUUACGACCUUUGACCCGCGCGGACUCUCAGUAUGCAACGGGGGAUAGAAUGACAGAUAUUCUGAAAGGACAUGUGCACCGGAUGUGUCAGCCAGAGAGUACAGUCGUUCCGAUUUAUAUCAGUUCCGGUUUUACAGACACACUGGCGGAGAAGACAGCAUUUGAGGAGACGGUAUCAUUAGACUUGAGGGAAUACUGCGCGGCCCGGGGGUACGAGCUGGAGUUGUAUGACCUUCACUGGGGCAUGACGGACACUGUGACGGAUGACCACUCCUACCCCGGCACCUGCCUGACCACCAUCAAUAGGUGUCUCGAGUCCAACCCAGGUGUCAACAUACUCCUUUUAUUGGGAGAUAAGUACGGACCAUAUCUUCUGCCGUCAAAUAUACCAGUAGAGGAGUUCAACGCCUUUUACGACUUUGUCCAAGACUUCCGUCAAAGAGAGAUUGACCUUAUAAAAGAGCAAAUAGAUGAAAUAUCGUCUGCACGAGCCGAGCGUGAACGACAGCGUCAGGAUGCCGAGAGUGUCCUCACUGAUGCUACAGAUCACUCCAGCGAAAAGGAAGGCAGUACGAGGCCCGAAGGAUCGGGUGUAUCAUCGCCUGCAAAGACUAGAAGGCAGAACGCCGAUUUGGCAAAGGCUGAGGCACAGACCCUUAAAAACCUCAAGGAGCAGGAAGCAAUCUUGACUGAUCCCGAAAUCCUAAAGGAAUGGUACAGUCUAGACGAGAACUGCAUACCCCCGGUAUACAAGCUAGAUAAUAUCAGUGCCCACUACAAAGAGUUUGCCAAUGCGAAGAAGAGGGAUGCAGCUAAGAACUCUUUCACAGAGGUGACAAAGAAACUCCGCGGGGUGUUUGACGAAUUCGCACCCAUGGUGAUCACCGAUCCUUUUGCAAGAAAGAAAUAUUUCUCCACUAUGAUUGGUCUCGAGAUCGAGCAUGGUAUCCUAGAGACGGAUGCGUCUGACAACCACUGUCUCGUGGUUCAGCGGACCAUCACUGACAUCAGCCGGAAUCUCAACGACAGCGCGGCAACAGACUUCGUGGACGUAAGCAAGGAAAAUCCUCACGCGCUCGACAAAACUCAGUCAUCCAUCAUCCAAGAUCUCAAACUGGAGACUUUGCCUACAAAGGUUGGAGUGGCAAACAUCCUACCGUACGAUGUCGAAUGGGCAGCAGGAGGAGUGAUCAUUGGAGGUCAUAGGUCUCACCAACAUUACAUAGAGCGCAUGUGCAAACAGGUCACGGAAACUCUGAAGAAGCAAUUAUGCAUCUACUUUGAUGAGAGAAAACGAAAAGUGGACGACAAAACUAAGCUGUUCGACGAGGUGUCACAGCAUGUGGCAUUUUGUCAAGAAAGAACGAAGCACUUCCAGGGGAGGAAGGAGCUCCUUCAGUUGGUGAAAUCUUACCUCAGGUCUAAAUGCCCGUCUCCGCUGGUUCUCUAUGGCAAGGCGGGUUGUGGUAAAACUGCCCUUCUUUGCAAGACAGCCAAGGAGACACACAAGUGGUUCAGAGGACACAACAUGAGCGUGCUGUUGCGGGUAAUAGGAAUCACGACCAGUUCCACAAACGUACGCUCGCUCCUCCGCGACCUCUGUCUGCAGAUGUGUCAGGUGUUCGGCACCAAUGUAGAGGAUGUCCCAACGGAUUACAAAGGUCUCAUGAACGACUUCACCCACCGGUUGUCCCUGGCAACACCUGAAAAUCCCAUUGUCAUUAUACUGGAUUCUCUAGAUCGCCUAUCAGAUGAUCACGAAGGAAGAAAACUGACCUGGUUGCCGAAGGAACUGCCUAAGAAUGCCUAUAUUAUAGUGUCUACCAAUCCAGAUGAUAAAUACGAAUGUUUUGACAACCUAAGAAAGAGUAUCCCCGAGACAUCAGAAGCCUACAUCGAAAUCCCGGAACUUCCGGAACAAGAUGCAAUAACAAUCCUUGAACAUUGGCUUCACAAAAAUGAUAAAACCUUCACGGGUGAGCAGUUUGAGUGUCUCGUAGACGCAUUUAAGAAAUGUCCAAUGCCACUUUUUCUGAAGAUCGCAUUUCAAGAUGCGCUGUCUUGGACAUCGUUAACGGCGCUUGACCAAAUCAAAUUUGGAGACAACGUAAAAAAGCAAGCCUCUUUCAAAUUUGGGAAGCUGGAGACAAAACACGGCGAGCCCCUGGUACGCAGAGCCCUAGGCUACAUCACCGCAUCACGGAACGGAUUAACUAACAAUGAAAUGGUGGACAUUUUGUCGCUGGACGAUGCUGUCAUGGACGACAUUAUGUCCAUCUACCAUCCACCACGCCGUAGGUUUCCAACCAUUCUUUGGGUUCGUCUUCGGGACGAUUUACAGGAAUACAUCACUGUGAUAAAAUCACAGAGCAUGAGAACAUUGCAGUGGGCACAUGCACAGUUUAAAGAGGCUGCAGAGGAAAGAUACCUGCUCGCUCGUGACAAGGCCGCAUCUUAUCACAAAGCAAUGGCAGAGUAUUUCUUGGGAAAAUGGGCAACAAAGAAAAAACCCUUCCCUGGAAAUGACAAAGGGAUGCUGAGACAUGUCUCGUCGCAGCCCCUAUACUUCGAGCCUGAGGAUUCCGUCAAAGACGGAUCAGAUCGAGUGUACAAUCUACGCAGAGUGAACGAACUACCGCAUCAUUUGUUGAAUUCGUCACAGACGGAACUGUAUAAAUCACAAGGACUAUGCAAUUUCGAAUGGGUACUUGCCAAAUUAUGCGGCACUUCUCUCCGAGCACUUGUUGAGGAAUAUCAAAUAGGCCUGCAAGUGGAUCCGACAGACAUCGAUCUAAAGACGCUAUCGGACACAAUUCAGUUGUCAGCAACAGCACUUACAAACGACCCGCGACAGUUAGCGUCACAGAUGAUAGGUCGUCUGCAUGGAAUGAUCGCUCGAGACAUUCCAGCAACCGCGGGAGAUCCUCCAAAAUAUCCCUAUCUGCAUUCGUUUUAUGAUCAAGCAAAGUCGCCGUCUCUGCUUUCUCUUAUCCCGUCCAUCUCGUGUUUGUCUGAACCUGGCGGUAUUCUGUUUGACUUAUUAUCUGGACAUUCUGAGCCAAUCACGGCAAUGACACUGACGUCAGAAGGACUGAAGGCAUUGACGGCAUCUGCGGACAAUACGAUAAAACUGUGGAACAUACGGACGGGGCGAGUCAUGAAAACUAUAGACGGAACGGGAACAAACGUCAGAUCCAUCAUACCAGCCCUGAACAAUGCUUUGGUAGCCACUGUAGAGGGGAGCGUCAUACGUGUGUGGAACAUUCGCUUCAGUGAAUGCGUUCUGACCAUCGAUCAUUACCUUGACCCACCCGUGCUUGGGACGGCGGGGGAAGGCAAGUACCUAGUCGCGCUCUUUGAUGGUAUUAACAUAAUGCGAACAUGGAAUCUGAAGAGGCAGAUUAUGCCCAUGGUCUGUGAAGCAAGGAUUGAGGACAACAGUGUGUACACAGACAAUUCUUUACUGAUUGCCUCGAGUUCCUUUGACGAUAAAGUGUUACAUGCAUUCAGGGGAGCAAAUAUGGCAACUGUACAAAAUGCGCGAUCCGGAAAGGUGAUUCAUACGCUCAAAUGCAAUGAGAAAUCCUCAUCUGCAGUCAGUCUUGGGGUGACUAGGGACUAUUACAUUGUUGCGUGUCGACAACAAUACAUGACCCUUCACGAAAUACACCAGCUUGAACUGUUUGACCUGAAGAAAGGUCACUACCUACGGAGCGUUAGAGGGUGCACUCAGGACCACAUGACAAGUUUACAUCUUAACUACAUGGGAAGUCAUGUUAUCGCCAUUUGCUCUUCAGAAAAAACGUCAACAUCUGACAUUGCAAUCUGGAACCUAGAAACGGAGGAUCACAAACACUUAGCCCGCCAUGCUGGCGUAUCGUUGAUGGGGGCCUGUGUAGAUUUUAAGUACUGUUUGACGGCAGCAAAGGGAGACAAAACACUAAGAAUCUGGAACCUCAGUGGUAAAGUGAAUCAAUCUAUGCCGAAACUGAAGAAGACUCUGGGUGUUACUCAGAUUAUUCCUAUGGUGAACAACCCGAGGUAUGUAGUCGCUCGUCAAAUGAACAGCGGACCAAUAAGCGUGUGGAACGUGGUGAGGGCUAAGAUCUUGCAAAACGCAGUGAGGAUAGAAAGAGGUUUAUCGGAAACGGCAGACGUUGUCAUUGUGAGAAACACCAGAGUUGUGAUUCUGUCCGACCGCGGAUUCUCCAGUGCAUCUGAUAGUUCCCGGCCUGUUUUCCAAACAGUAUUAAUAUACGACCUGAGAGAAAAGAAGUACCUAAAGAAACUAACCGGAUGUUAUAUCACUCCCUGUCCCGCACAUGAAUAUGUCAUGCUGGACAACGAGAAUCUUCUUGGACUGUCGGACAACAGGAGUCACUUCGUCGUUUGGAGUCUCGUCAAUGGACACGUGGUUCGGAGGAUCAAACCAAACCGUGAAAUCGUUCAAAAAUCACCAUCAAGUACCGACAGAGUAUUGAGCAUUCGAAACUCCACGGAAGUGAUGACGCCUUGGGAUCGCCGGGCGGAAUCAUCAUCGGCGAAACAACGACGUCGCGAGGAUGAAUUGGACCAGGAGCGGAAACGUCACGAGGAACUUAAGAAAGAGAAAGACAAUGGAAUCGAACAAUACAUCAUAAGUGAAAACCAGAACAUUGCCGUAGCAUCUUACUUCGCUCAUCAUCUUUGCGUGUUUGAUAUCGUAAACGAGAAGCAUCUGCACAUCAUCGAAACUCCAUUUUCAAUGUUGUUUCUGCAUAGUGCUGCUCUGACGCCGGACGGCAUCUUCCUCGUCUUGCCGAACUACGACGAGGAGACAAAGACCAGUUAUGUGACGAUGUGGGACUGUACUACAGGGCAGAUAAAGAAGCGUCUCAAAAACGAGAGCAAUGUAAUGGCGCUGGCAAUCCUGAAUGACGGAUCUAGAGUCAUUAUCGGACGCGGUAAGAAUGAACUGCAUAUCUGGGAUCCAAUGUCUGCCAACGGUCUGAGAAAGAUAAAAGGUUAUCCCGGCCUGCAGUUCAAUGCGGACAGCCAGAUAUUCGUCACAAACGGAGGUACCCAGGCAGUGGUAAUUGCUGGGGACAUCUCCGUGUGGGACUUAGAGCGAGGGGUGGUAUUAGCGGUGUUCACGCCCGACAUGAAAAUAAACUGCUGUAAAGUCGCAAUGGAUGGUCAGCUCAUCACCUUUGGACUUCACGAUAUCCCGGAUGUCGUCGUUCUUCGUUUAGCUAACAAAGAUACGCCGUCUUUAGAAAUCCUGGGAGAAGACAUCAUGGGGGAAAAGGUGGAGGAAACGGACGAUGAAGAGGAAGACGAUUAAUCUGAACCUCAUAAAAACGUGUGCCAUAAGGCAAAUUAUGUCGUUAAAUGAUGUACAUUAGUGGAUAAUGAAGGUUGGUGUUUUACCAGCCAAAUAUUCCUCGAUGUGUGUUGUGGAAAUGGAAUACAAGGGGGGAAUGUUUCACGUGAAGAAAUCUUAAAAGAGAAUUAUAGUGACGGAAAGAUAAUUUGGGAGUUACCUGAAGACUGUCCACGUUGCCCAAUAGCACAAUUAUGGCUGUAGCCGGUCAAAACGUACCGUGUGAGACUACAAGCAACACUAUGUUUUAGAUAGAUGUGACUUUCAUUGAAUUCAUAUUAGAAGUCGACCUUUUUUUUGAAAUUCGAAACUAAAUGUGAAAACCGCACGCCUGCUUAAAUACUUAAUAUUUUGUAAUAUACCUGUACUUUCUUAAUUCAUAUCCAUUGUUGGCCAACAACAUAAUCAAAUAGCUACAUUUAGUUUCCUUUUCAUGGAAUUGUAUGUAUUCCAUCAAAGCCUACCAAAAGCAACACCAGCCAUUAACUGUUCAUACAUGUUUUCAAUUCAACGUUUCUAGCAUAAUCGACAAGAAUUUGUCUUGGAAAACGAUUUUGGUGCUCAAUCUAGCAAAUUGUGUAUGAUAUAUAAAUACCCUAUCUGUGAUAUAAUAGCAAAAUGUUGCUAACACUGGAACUCCUUGUUCAUAAACAUAGUGUAUAGUCAUGUGAUUACUUGUUCAAAUGUUGAUAUUCUAUCAAUCACUUUACUGUAAUACUGUCAAAUAAUGAUAAGUGUUAAUCUAAAUUCAGACUUAAUCUAUUUGAUAACAAGUGAAAUAUUUGAGAUAUCGAUUUUUGACAAUAUAGAGGACUUGAUUUUUCAUGUAAAUUAGCAAGGAGUCACACUCCAUAUGAAACACAUAUAGCCAAUAUUUAUUACAUUUUCAGGAGUGAAUAAACAGGAGCAUUCACCGGUCUCUCAACUUACCCUAUCAUAUUCCAAGUCAAAAAAAGAAAACAGUUUUAUAUUCCAUGUCAAAUUUGUUAAUGUUUGUCAAAAAAAAACCCAGCAGUUUCAGUGUGAUUUGGAGAAAUAACGUCUACAAAAAGAGUUUCAGAUAAUUUCAAUAACGAGAUUUAAUCAACAUUUACGAUGCAUACAUUUCAAUCAAAUGGUUUGCUAUUCAUUAGAUGCGCGAUUUGUGUAAAUUUGUAUCCUGUUUGGUCUAAAUAUAGUUUUUGUUAUUUAUAAACCAUUAUCAACAGAAAUGAGCACAACAAAAUUUGGGCUUGCUGCCAAAAUCUCAUAAAAAUCGUAUGUGUUGAUUGUCUAUAAUUUUAAAUUACUCCACAACAACAUUUACUCAACAGAGCCGAACAUAAAGGAGAGGUCUACCAUUGUGCUUUUGUGACUUGAAGAUUCAUAAAGAUAUCAUUACUGGCGGAUUAUUUGUUAUUAAACACAACGUUGCCACAGAAACAAGUUGUAUUUACUUUCGACUCUUCCUAUCUUGACCCUUGCAUCCCUAUGUAACUUUUAGUAGACUCUACCAUGCAUUGAUAUUGAUAAGUCCAUUAUGGUCUACAGGGGUGAAAGGGUUAACAUCCUAAUUGUUAUACCACUGCAAUGAACCAUAUCAAUAUUAAAGUCUGCCUAAAAUUUACAAAAUUCGUCUGUAUCAAAACUUAACUUGAAAUGGCAGGAGGAGAACAAAUGUACCCAUACAUGCAUCUUGGCUAGGCAAGGGUUACGAUCCAGAGUAGGUAGAUCGUACCAGAUCAUAACCCUUAUUUAUUACGUAUGUUCUAUCUACACAAUUCCGUCCAUUGUUAUCAAGGUAUAAAUUAAUUGUCUAUAAUUCCGUCCAUCCAAACUUUAAUAUGGAUUAAGUAUUAAGAAAUUGUGAUAUCACUGUUUGAUGCAAUCAUAUACGUUUUAUAAUAUUUAUAUAUACAUUUGUAUGGCAAUAUAUCUUUAUACAUGUGCACCAUAGAAAUAAAUCUUAUCA